GCGGGGGCCGGCGGGGGCGGUGCCGCGAUAAGGCGGUGGCGGCCGCGGCCGCUCAGGGACCACUGGCAACCGCGGCAGCUUGCGCGCGCGCACUCCUUGCACUCGAGGCGUCCCCCGGAGACCGACCCCCGCCUCGCGGCCCAGGCCGGGGCCCGAACGCACCGGGUGCACUCGGGGACUCCAUCGCCUCCAACGAGCCAUGUUCCAGGCUGCAGGAGCCGCCCAGGCCACCCCUUCUCACGAAGCCAAAGGCAGCGGUGGCAGCAGCACGGUUCAGCGCUCCAAGUCCUUCAGUCUUCGGGCCCAGGUGAAGGAGACCUGCACUGCCUGCCAGAAGACCGUGUACCCCAUGGAGCGGCUGGUGGCUGACAAGCUCAUUUUCCACAACUCUUGCUUCUGCUGCAAGCACUGUCACACCAAGCUCAGCCUGGGCAGCUACGCUGCACUACACGGGGAAUUUUACUGCAAACCCCACUUUCAGCAGCUGUUUAAGAGCAAAGGCAACUACGACGAGGGCUUUGGCCGGAAGCAGCACAAGGAGCUCUGGGCCCACAAGGAGGUGGACCCUGGCACCAAGACAGCCUGAGGCCCCUCUGACUGUCCACCCCUCCUCCCUCCUUAGAGGGUCUGGAGCAGGCGUGGGAAGGGUGGGGAAGAGAUUGGCGCGAGUGGGGGCAGGGUGGGAAGGGGAUGAGGCCCUCUUGCUCAGGCAGAGGGUUUCCGGCAUAGGGCUCUGCUCCAGGAUUCCCUCCUCCUCCCUCAGUGGGUGGGGGUUUGGGAACCAGGAUUGGGGUUUGCUUACCACCCUGCUUCCAGCUUCUUUCAGCCUGCCCCAACUCACCCCAUGGCCUCCUGGGAGGCCCCCAAGCCCAGCUUCCCUAUCUAGGUGCCUUUUCUCCAGCAAGGAGUCAGCAUGCCCCCCUCAGGGUCCCAAGCUCCCUCACUGCCACCAGGGGCCCUAUGUGGCCCCGUCUCCCCAUCUACCUCUGCCCUUAGCCUGGUCCUGAGCCAUGGAAACUGGAGGAAGGUGAGCCAGUGUGUCGUCUGCCGGGCCUCACUGAAUGCCCACCAGGACCCUGAAGGGGAGGGGAAGGGAAGUGGAGCAGCCCUGCUGCCCUGAAAGGCAAGGCAGGGUGUGCCCAGUGGGGCUUGAGACCGUCUGGCACCGCUGAAGUCAAGCAGAAGCUAAAGCACCCACCAGGCUGAGAGCCACAGAGACUGGUGGGGGGCUGGCGGGGCCAUGCUCCCCUCUUUUCCCAUUUCUUCUGGUUCUGACUGUUGUGAUCAACCCUGUUUUAAACAUAUUUCAACAGA